AUACUGCUCAGCUGCUUCAAGCCGGCGGGCUGAGUUCAGCUGUCAGCUUUGAAGCUGAAAUAAAGUUUAAUCAGGGCAUGAAGGAUAAGGAAGGCCUGACUCCAUGAAUUGUAGAAAAGCUUUUAUGAGGCUCGGUGAGCAUUAAAGUGGAAGAAGAAACUCAACUGUGAAGUGAUGGAGUUUGGGGAAGAUGAAGAGAACUUCCUUUCCUCAUUUCAUCCUAUUUUCCCAUCUAAAGCUCCUGUUACUGCUCAGGAACAAGACCUUUGGAUGGUGAUAGCCCAGUGGAAAGAAGGGCUUUUAAUUGCCAUGAAGGACUUAUGCUGGACAUUUAUCCGCACCCUUAGCAUUUCAGACACUUCUAAUGGACUCAGAACCAUGGGACAGUGAUGGCACAGGCACAGCAGGAUUUUAACAGUGGGAAGAUGCUGAUGGACAAAAACGAAACUUGGCUCUUUAAUUUCUCCUCUGCUGCCUCCUCCUUUGUGAGGAGAGGGAUUGGGCUCCAGGAGGUGGUCAUUGGGCUGAUCCUCACCCUCAUUGACCUGAUCACCCUCCUGGGAAAUACCGUGGUCUUCCUCUGCCCCGUGGUGGAGAAGAGGCUGCGCACUGUCACCUACAUGUUCAUCAUGUCCUUAGCCAUGGCAGACUUCCUUGUGGCCUGUCUGGUCAUGCCCUUCAGCAUCAUUUACGAGGUGACGGGGAUGUGGCUGUUUGGGAAGCUUUUCUGCAAAGUCUGGAUCUCCUUUGAUGUCAUGUUCUGUACCGCAUCCAUCGUCACACUGUGCUUCAUCAGCCUGGACAGAUACUGCUCCGUGGUGACCCCCUACCACUACUCCAGAAGGAUGUCCCGGGGCAGAUGCAUUGUGAUGACCUGCAUGGUCUGGGUGUAUUCCUCCCUCAUUUCCUUCCUUCCUGUCAUGCAAGGCUGGAACGAGAUCCCCGGGGUGGACUUUGAUGUGGGCAGGGAAUGCAUCUUUGUCACCAACUGGAUUUUUGCCAUCGUGGCUUCUGCCCUGGCGUUUUUUGUUCCCUUCAUGGUGAUGUGCAGCAUGUAUUUCUUCAUCUACCGAGCCUCGCGGCUCAAGGCCACCCGUAUCAUGUCCCAGACCCUGGAGAUUCACUACCACCCCAACAGCAAGCGGCAGAACCACCUGCAGCUGGAGAACAAGGCCACGAGGACCAUCAGCAUCAUCAUCUCGGUCUUCGUGCUCUGCUGGCUGCCCUACUUCGUCCUCAAUGUCUGGCUCGCUGCCAGGGGCACCGACUCCACCAGCACGGUCCUGGUCGACACCUUCAAGAUCAUCACCUGGUUGGGAUACUGCAACUCCACCAUCAACCCCAUGCUCUACGCCUUCCUGAACAGGGACUUCCAGCGGGCCCUGAAGAAGCUGCUCAUUUGCAGGCACAGGUCUCAGGUGGACAUUGGAGAAGACAUGGUUUCCAUAGCCACCUUCUCCAAGACCGCUCCAGAUCUGGAAUACAGCACGGCGGUGCCGGUGCCCAACGGUGCCCUGAAGGGCAAACCCAAGUCAUAGGGAUGCAGGGGCAGUUGCUGGAGGUGGUGAUACAGAGAGUGCCAGAGCACAUCCUAAUGGAAAAAUAGUGGGCAGCAAAAUAAGGGAAGGAGGGGCUGGAAUACGGCAGCUGGGGACAUACAACAAAGAUGCAUUUCUUAACCUUCCACAGUUAUAAGAAUGAGGAGCUUUGAUAUUUUCGGGACAAUUUGUGAUACUAAUGGAGUUAAUUCCUUCCUGGAUAUUUUUUUUUUUUAAUGAGCAUUUCCCAAGACAAAUCCAACCAUAACGUUGGGGAAAAAAAUAUCAGUAUGAUAAUGUGAACUCAUCUUCGUGUGCAUCCUGGUGAUCUGUGUCAGGUGGGACAGUGUUUCUUAUCAAGCCACUGUAGCUCUCAUUUCACAACUUCAUUACAGACUUGACCAGCUUCAGUAACUCCACGUGUAUCAGUCUGGGUGUGGGAAUUAGGAGGGAUGUGGCCAAAGAGCAGAGCUCACUAGUUACUGAGGCACCAGUCUGCAGCCUGGGCUGUUGCUCAGGGUUCAGCUCACUUGCUUCUGAGAUACUGAGAGGUUUAGAGCCUUCUGGGGCUUUCUGUGAAUUAUCUGUGAGCUAAUUCUGGAAGGGAACAUCCUAUGUGGCAGAGCCCAGGAGAUGAGCAAGGCUUGCUGUAAUGCCAAGAGCACUGGGUACCCAGGAGGUUCAAAGGGGGCUACAGGUGGCUGAUACCACCCAAAGAGAGGAUGUGAAGAGGAAUCAUUACUCACCUGUGUGUUUUGCACUGUGAUGUCUAUGGACCACACAGACACAAAAAAAAUCAUGAUAAAUGGAAACCAUUAUUUUUACUACUCCCAAGUGCUUGUCUGGACUUCCAACAGCUUUCCUGUAGCAGGGUGACAUGAGGGCUGGUGAACCCUGAGACAACAGCCAUCGCUUCCCCAACACAGUUGUGGUGGGGUCUCACACUGGUUUACGUGGGAGGGUCGCUGCACUCAGAGCCUGCUCUUAGACUGAUCUUCUAUGGGCAUGAAACGCUUCAAAGAUGGUUUCUGAAAUACCUCCUUCUGAGUGUCAAUCACUUCUUUGGGACAGGCAAAGCUUCUGCAGCCUGGGAAGCAGAGCAGGCACAGCAGAAAGAUGUCCAGGCUAACAUUUAAUGCUAAAACUACCAGACUGAGGCACUGAGAGGGGUGAAGAACUUCAUUUUGUUGAAAAAUUAAAAAAAAGGGAGUCCUUCUGCUCUUUCACCUCAGAGGUAGCUGAGGACUGUCCUCAGAGGUGUAGCAAAAUGCAAGUAUGUCCUGCCUGGAGCAGCUCAGCUACUGAAAACACAGGUACAAGGGUCAGGAGUUCUCUCUCAAGAGUCUGGUAGAAAAAACAACCCUGACCUGGGGUUGCAACGCUGGUUCUCCCGUCAAAUGGCUCUUCAUGGAGUGGGUUGGGUCUCCCAGAUCCUACGACUCCA